AUGAAUCGUUAAUUUUCUUCUUAUUAUGGAUCAUAAACAACAAGAAGUCGAUUAAGAUCUAAUAGUCCAACAUAAUUAAAAAAUUUAGAAUUUAUAAUUAAAUCAACAUAGUAAAAAUAAAAGUCUUAAUAAUCAACACCUUUAAGAAGUUAAAAUAAAGUUGAACCUAUAAAAACAUAAAAUCUUGAUAUGUUUAGUACUGCAUCUGAAAUUAGAAAAUUAAGAGUAUAAAGUCUUAGAAGUUAAUCAUAAAUUGAUAAUAAAAUAAUUUGGAAUUAAGUAUAAGAUUAAUUGGAAAAGAAAACUGGAGUUUGUGCUGAAUUUGAAAAGUUAAGAAAUAAUUCAAUUUAUAGAAAAUUGAGAGAAAUGAAAUUAAAAGAAAAUGAAGAAAAGAAAUUAUAACAUGAAAGAAGAUUACAAAAAGAAUUAUAAGCAAAGAACUAGAAUAAAAAUAAAAUAGUUAAUAAUACAUAAUAAAGAUAGAUUGAAACUAAACGAUAAUAUAAAUUUUAAUUAUCUACUAUAGUAAAUGCAUUAACAUUGAUAUAAAUACAUUCAAAAACAUAUUCUAUGAAGUUAGCAAAAUUAAUAGCAAAACAUUAUUUAAAUAUAUUAGAUUAUAAUAAUUAUAUGGAAUAAAGAAGAUAAAAUGAUACUUAAUCUAAUUAAAAUACACCUAAGACUCCAAAUUUAGGAAAAGAGUAAAUUUUAGAAAUUUAAGAUUUAGUUAAUGGAGGAAUACAUUAAAUAAUAAUUGAAAAUAAAAUAAAAAAACAUCGUGAAUAAUUAAAAGCUAGUGAAAUAUUUUCUGAAGAUGUUUUAAGAAGAGUGAGACUUUUAUAGAGUUGUUUUCAUUUAAAAGUCUUUAGUAAAAAGAGUAAAUCUUACAAAUAUAGAAGAUAAUAAAUUAUUGGAGUUCCAAGUACAAGAGUUAAAGCAUAAACUAGAAGAUUAGGUGAUAUUAAAUUUAUGAAUUAAUAUUCUCCUAAAUCAAAUAAACCUGGAUCAAAUGUUAAUAAUGAAUUAAAAUAAAAUAAAAAAUCUUUAAGACUUUUUAGAAGUCUUACUAAAGGUUCAUUAACUACAUAAAAAAGUUUAUUUUUUAAUAGAUAAAAUACUAAUGAAUUCUUAUUAAAAGGAGUUUAAAUGCUCCAUUAUCCAAUCAUCAAAUAUAUAUCAAUUUUUUAUAAAAAUAUGGUUGUUUGGUCAAUUUCAUAUAAAGAUAUUACAUUAGAUAAAUCUUGUAUUGUAUUAUUUUUUAAAGGUGAAGGAAAAUAUAAAUAUAGAUAUCGUUUAGAUGUACCAAUAGGAUAAAAUCCAAUGAUAAAUUAUAAUGAAAAUUGUUUAACUGUUUGGCCAACUGUUAGAGAUUAUUUAAUUAGUUAUCUACAUAUGAAAGGAUAAUUGGCUUUACUUGAUUAAAAAUAAUUACCUACUGCUUAAGUUUAUAAAUUAAAUUUUAUAAAAGGUUUAACAGAUAGAUCAAGAAUGAAAAUUACUAGUUUAGAUAUUCAUGGUAUUACUGAAACAAAGAAAAUACUUGAUUAUUUAUAAAAAUCUUAAAUAGUAAAAAUAAGAAAAGUAUUUGGUACUGUUUAUGAAUUACUACCUUAAUUUAUUGAAGUGAAUAAAUAUGGAUAAAAGAAAUAAUAUAUAGUAAACUUACCUUUAGUUCAUAAUAUUGUAUUAUAACUUAGAAUGUUUGAAGAAUAAUUGUUAUUGUAAAAAAGAAGUUUAGGAGAAGUUGAGGAAAAUUUAAUAGAGAGAUAUUCAUCAUUUUUAGAUGGGAAUACAGAUUAUAUAAAUUAAAUUUUAAUGUUUAGAUUUAUUCACAAUAAUCCUGAUUUUUUUAAAGAUUAAAUGUUAAAAGAUAUACAUUUACUUUAGGAGAAAUCUAUAUAUAUAUAAUCUGCUACAUUAAAAUUAAAUGAUAUACUUUAAGUAGAAAGUAAUACAGAUCAUAUUUCUUAUGGUAGUUAUUGUUUAUUAAGUAUAUUUUUAACAAUAAAUUGCAAAAUGAAUUUAAAAUUAUUAUUAUUAGAUGUAUCUGAUAAAUCAAUGUAUACUAAUCUAUCUGAUACUAUUAAUUUAUUUGAAUAUGUAUGCAAGAAAAGAAAUUAAUUAUAAUUAAAUUUUAAUUAAGAAUAUUUUCAAUUUUAAAUUAAAAUAACAUUUCAUGAAAGAGAUGAAGCAGGUUAUAAUAGAGAUGUAUAUUCAAAAAAUUUAUUUGCAGAUAAAAAAGAUAGAUAAGUCAAAUAAUUAGUAUUGAAUGUAAAUGAAUGGUUAAAAUUAUGUAAAGCAAUUAAAAAUAGUGUUUUAGUAGAUGAUGCUGAAUAAUUUUUUGAUUUUAAUAAAUUAGUUAAAUGUAUUCUAUCAGAAUAACCAUUUUAUUCAAGAAUUGCUGAAGAAACUUUAAAAUCUGUAUUCUGUAUUAGCUUAAAGAAUGAAUAAGUUAUUUUAAAAGCAUCAUACAAACAUAUAUUAUCAGUUUCAUAUAAUUUUAUUGAAUAAUUAGAUCAUUAUAAUUUUUCUAAAAAUCUUGGAUAUGUUCAUAAAUAUAGUGUAUAUCCAACAGAAUAUCAUGAUAUUAAAUAGAAUAUUUAAGAAUAAAAAAAAUAAACACUUACUUCAAAAGAUGCUAAAUAAUUUAAUAAAUAAUUUAAAUAAAUUAAUACUGCUGAUAUCAAAUUAACAAAUACUAAUACUAAAAUUUCACUUGUUGUUGAUUAUUAAUAUGAAUAUCAUAUAUCAUAAAGUAUACCUAUAGAUUGUAAUUAAUUAUAAUUAAUAAGUUACUGUUAAUUUAAAAGAAAUUAUUUUAUAUAUUAAAUAGUCAAUAAUAGAGAUAGUAUGAAAAUUAUAAUACAAAAAUUAUUCAAAUCUCCUAUUAUUAUUAAAAUUGAAGAUUCAGAUAUAAUAUUUUAAAUUUUAAAUUGUUAACAUUUAUCUAAAUAUUUACUUUCAUAAGAAUUAAUUGGAUGUAUGCAUUAAAUUUAAAAGAAAAAUAGUUUUUUAACAAAUAAUUUAUAAUUUUUUAUUCAAAAACAUAAAUAUCCAUUACCUAGUUAUAAAUAAAUCAAAUUUAUGUUAAUUAAUGAUUCUAAUAAAUUAUUGAAUUAUUUAGAUAGAUUAAGUUUUAUGUUUUUAUUUAAAUAAACAUUUAGUGGUUCUUAGAUAUUAGUACAUGCUAAAAUAUAUUUUAUAUGUAAAGAUUGUCAUACUAGAAAUGAUGAAAAAAUCUAUUAUUUUCAUUCUGAAGAUUUAUUUCUUGGAUUAGAAAUUCAAGAAUUUAAAUCUAAAUUAAAAAAAUAUAUUAUUAUAUUAAAUAAAUUUGACUUAGAAAAGUUGUUUGAUAUAAAAGGUUAUUUAGAUAUAUCAAUAGUUCAUUAUUGGUGUAAAACAAUUAUUAAUAAUUUAUCAUUUGAUAAGUAAAAUAUUUAUAGAUUACCUUACUUAUAAAAUCUAAAUCAUUAUAUAAUACCUAAACUUGAUGAUGAAGAAGAAAAUCAUAGACUUAAAGCAUAGAGAAGUAUGACUAAUGAUUAUAAACAUGAUGAAUAAAAUGCUGUUUGUAAAUAGUUUCUUUAACCUUAAAUAAAAUUAUUUAGAGUAAUAGGUCAUUAUAUUAUGAAAUAUUAUUUAUUGAAGAAUACAAAAAAAGUAAAAUUAACAAGUCGAUUACCUUAAUAAUUUCAUAAUGAAUUUGAUUCUAUUAGUAUUGAAUAUAUAAUCAUUACUAUUUAAGCUCAUAAUAUUUUUGAUAUGUUUAGAAUAAUGUAUUAUUUUCCUAAAAGUAGAAGACGAUUAAUGACUCAUAUAUCUAUAUUAUAAUUUUAAGAAAUGGAUUUUAGAGAUAAUUUAAUAUUUGAUUUACUUGAUUUUAAUGAAUAUAAAACUUAUUAAGAUAUUGAAAUAUAUGUUAAAUCUUAAAAAAGUGGUAUUCAUUUUAAACAUUCAAUUUAAUUGGAUAAGUAAGUUUUAACAAGAAUUAAAUUUAUGAAAUAAUCAGUUGAUAUUUAAAAUCCAUUUUAAUUUGCAUUUAAAAAAAGUUAAAAUAAUUUUUUAAAAGUUAGUGAUGAUUUAAUUACUAAAAAUAGAUAUUUAUUAUCAUAAAUAAAAUAAAAUUAAUAACUUUCAGAUAAAGUUAUUAAAUUUAUGUAAUUUACUAGAAAAUUGAAUAAAGAUUUAUAAUUUGAAUUAUAAAAUAAAUUAAUAGAAAUUAAGAUAUGGGAACUUUUGCUUAAUUAAGUAUUUGAAUUAAAAUUCAAUAAUUCUAAAUCUAUUAAUAAUUAUAUUCAUCUAAUUGAUAGACUAAUUUAGACUUUUGAUUAAAAGAAAAGAAAUUAAGUCAAAAUUAUUGGUAAAGAAUAUUUACUCAAGAAAUAAUCAAGUGGUGCUUUAAAAAAUAAUUAUACUGUUUAAUCAAAUGUAACUUAAUUAUAUACUAGAUUAAUAUUAACUAAUAAUAUUAAAGUAACUGAAAAAUUGAAUUUUCCUGAUACUGAUAUUAAUUUAAACAUUGGUUUUUUAUAAUAUCCCUUAUUAGAAUUUAUUUGUAGUCAGGAAAUUAAAUUAGAAAGAUUAGGAAAUGCAUAUUUGGAAUGUUUUAUUGAAUAAAUUAAGAAGACAUAAUAAAAUUAAUAAGUAUUUUAUCCUUAAUAAUUAAUAUCAUAUUCAUAAUCUUCUGAUUUUAAUAUUUAUUUGAGAUAUUAUUGUUUAUAAAAUUUAAAAUAUAAAGACAUUAGAUUAAAUAUGAGAGAAUUAUUGAAUUUAUUUAUAGCUGAUGGAUUUUUCAAAAGUAAAACUAAUUAUAUGAAUAGUAGAUUAAGUUAAUCAGAUAUAUAGAAUAUGUGUUAUUAUUUAGUAUAAAAAAUUAGAGAUCAAAAUUAUCUAAAUUUAUCUUCUCUUGUUUUGUUAAAAAAAGAGAAGAAAUUUUCAUUAGCAUCAUAAAUUUUAUUAGAAACUUAAGAUUCAUUAAUACCUAAUUAAAAUAAUUCAACCUUACUUUUUGAUGAAGGUUAUCUUUAUACAUAAUCCAUAAAAGGAGAUAAAUGUUUUUAGAUUCUUCAAUUAUAAAUUUUCCCAUCCACUAAAAAAAUUAUUGUUAAUUUGAGUGAUAGUAAAGCCGUAUUAUUUUAAUAAAAGAUAUAUACCUUUAAAGAAGCAGAUGAAUUAGCAAUUAAUUUUCUUAUUCUUUUCAAAUCCAAAAAUGUAUAAUAGGCCUUAAAACGUCUAGCAUAAGCUCUAGAAUACAAUAUAAUUCAAUUGCAGAAAAUAUGA